AUGGAGAGUUUGCUAUGUGAUGAAGUCUGGCUCAUGAGUCCUGAAGAUCAUGACGUGCAUGUAAAUAAUGAAGAAGAAGGAGAUACUUGUUUUUUCUACUCAACCAAAGAAGAAUGUGAACAAGCUUUUGGGAUAUUAUUAGAGAAUGAGAUGAGUUACAUGCCUAAACCAGAUUAUGUGAAGCGAAUAAAAGAAAACUGUUUUAUUGAGAAUGCUAGGUUCAAAGCUAUUUACUGGUUUAUUAAGUGUCAAAGGAGGUGGAAUUUCUCUUUCGGAACUAUAUUUGGUGCUGCAAGUUAUCUUGAUCGGUUUAUCUCUUUAAAUAAGUGCCAGGGAUGGAGAUACUGGAUGUUCGAGUUACUGUCAAUUGCAUGUUUGUCUGUAGCCUCCAAAUUCCAUGAAACAAACCCUCCUCAAUUGCUUGAAUUACAGAUGGAAGGUGUUGGACAUUUGUAUGAUCCAAAAAUGAUCAAACGUAUGGAGUUGACAUUGUUGGAGUCUUUAGGAUGGAGAUUAAGUUCUACAACACCAUAUUCAUACUUUGAAUUGCUUCAAUGGAAUAUCAAGUCUCUCAAAUUACCUCUCUUUCAUGAUUUUACUUCCCAUGUCAAGGAGCUACUUCUUGGAGUUCUUUUAGGUAUACAAAAACACUUGGAACCCUUGCUCUUCUUCUUUUCUUUUUCAAUUUAA